GGAGCAAGUGAAGAGGAAAAGGCUAUAGGCGAGAAGGUUGCAGAGCUGGUAUCUCCUGGUCGUGACCUGCAGGUUGUGGCUGAAGGGGAGGAAAGCGAUGACUUCUGGGCUGGUCUCGGUGGUAAAGGUGAAUACUAAAAUGUUCGCGAGCUAAACAGACCUCUGUUGUAUCCCAGACUCUUCCACUGCACCAUCUCUCCUGCUGGCUGCCUCAGAGUUAAUGAGGUGUCUAACUUCUCCCAGGAAGACCUGAAUGAGAAUGAUGUUAUGGUUCUGGACUCUGGCGAUGAAAUCUAUGUUUGGGUUGGACAAGGUUCCGAUGACCAGGAGAAAGAGAAAGCCUUUGCUAUGGCAGAGAACUACGUCAAGACUGAUCCGACAGAACGUACCCUGGACUCGACUGUGAUCCUACGUGUGACGCAGGGAGAGGAACCGGCUGCCUUCACUGCCAUCUUUCCUGCAUGGAACCCCGACAUGUGGCAGAAGGUGGAUCAGACUGCUUGCCGUACUGUGAUGUGCGUUGUGUUUUGAUAGGUGGUAUUGCUUGUAGCUUCAUCUACACACUGCUCUGCCUGUAGUGCAUGCUGCCCUAAGGCAUUAUUCUCCUGCAGUUAGGCUGGGCAGACCUAGGUGUGGUGUGUUGCAAGAUGCUCUUGUACAAGAUUUGGUCCUCUGUUCCAUGUUGGAAGAGGCUUUGGGGCAACAAAAAGACAUGCAAAAAUAUCAUCUCAAUUUUACCAGUGUUAAAUAUUAAGGAUUUACCGUCUAGAACAGUGGUUCUCAAAAGGGGAAGGCACUUGACUUCUGAGUGAGGUACAGUACCUGUAUUUAAAAUCUAAUUGGAUGGAUAUAUGUCAGGGAAGGAAUAUCAGUGAGGGAAUGAACUCCAAAAUACAAAAGAAUAUACUUUGAGGAAACCUGGGAUCACAAUGGAAGGUUUGUGUCCUGGCACUCUGAGAACCACUGCUCUAGAACAUGCCUAGAAAUGUGUGAUGAGUGCUUGUAGCAGUAUGCGUAGUGAUGCAUGUGUAUCUUAGUCUGCCUGAAGCUGCUGGCGAGACCCAUCAGUACCUUCAUAUGCAGCAAAUGACAACAGUUUUGAGAGGGGCGGGCUGCACAAAAGACUUGUGAUGCCCUUGGUGAAAAAUUUAUCUCGACACUACAUCUGAUCAUCUGGGAUAGAAGAUGCAGUCAAGUUAAAUUAGAGUCCUGGACACUAAUGUAGCUGUAGGAAGAUCAGAACUCAUAAUGAACCAUUCCUAAUCAGUGUAUUUGACAUUAAAUUUGCUAGAUUGUGAUGACUAACAUAGUGGUUGUUGCAGCAGCUUCCCAGACGAGCCGAGAAGUCUCAAAACAUAGAAAAAGUUGUCAAAGAUCAACCUGAAAAGAAAGACUUCUGUUGCUGUUGCCAAUGAGCGUGAAGUAAGACCGAUCAGCUGAGGAACUUCAAACAUACUAACCCUUUUGAUGUAUCCAAGGCUUCCCUCCUAAUAAUGUUGCAAACACUCGGGUCAUGUUUUGGAAGCCGUUUCACCAAAGAAUAUUUAAAACAUGUACAGUAGUAUGCCAUUUGCCACCUAAUGCGAAGCCAAGGUAAUAUGCAAAAUAAAUAUGAAUUCAGUAUCAUUACAAUUAUUCAUUUGAAAUUUAAAAUCAUAUUGAUUACCUAGUUCAUACAGUUGGGGUCAUGGGAUUCUGAGUGUGUACAUUUUAAAUUUUCAUCCAGUAUUUGAAAAGCUGGUACAUAUACUUAUUUAUUAAUAUAUUUAUUUAAAAAAAAACAAUAAAUUAACUGCCAAGUAAAGUCAUAUUGGCAAUUUUUCUUUAAGGCCGACCCCAAAAAAGUUUAACUGUUGUGAUAGUGAAAAUUAAAGUUCAGGUCUACCAAAUGACACCACUAUGAUGACCAAACCACACAUCAAAAGAUGGAGAAAAGACGACAUUUCGGUCUGUCCAUGACUGUUAUCAAGUCAAGAAAUUAUCGAGUUCACGACUUUAAAAAGAUCCAGAGCGGACCUAAACAUAGUCGAUUCUGCAUCUUCUGAUAUGUAGUUUGGUUAUCAUAUAACCACAUUAUUGUGACUCGUCUGCCAUUACUAUGCUACCACCUUAGGCAUUGCAGAGACUGAUAUUUUAUUUGUCAGUUUUGCUUCAGCUAGGUUUAUGGUGUUCAGACAAGUACCCAAAUUUUAAGUGCAAAUUUUCUCGGGAGCAGUUGGGUCUCGCUACAAAAAGUUGAGCAUUUUAUACAGUACAUGCUAGAGCUGCUAAAGCUCAUAUCAAGAUAAUGCUUAAAAAAUACAAUACAUAAACUAGGCCAAGAACUCUAUGUAUGUAUCUUUUUUUUUUUUUAAAUACAGUAUGGGUAGAGUUAAAAUGAUAAAAUCUAACCAAGCUGCCAGUCACUUGCUACAGUCUCUCGAUGCAUACAUCUGGAUGUGUGAUUUCCUAUUUGUGGUUUACAGAAUAGAACAUGUUUUGUUUUUGUGCGUGUGUGUGUGUAUAUUCACAGUAUACUGUGCUUGUGUGCUCAUUUUUGUUUGGCCUCAUUAACAAAAAACUAUGAACUGCAAUAAGUUAAAAAUACUAGUACUGUAUCACCAUUCUUAUUUUAUAAUAAUUGGCAUUUAUAAAGUUAAUCCUUAAAAAGAAAAUUAACCCAAUUUCCUCAAAUGCCAUUUUCUUCUAAUAAAUAUACACAUGUAAAAAUAAAUAUAUUUUAUCACUGUUCUGUACAGUACUUGGGAAUAAAUCCUUCUUGUCAGUAAUGUAUUAUAACGGCCUAAAUAAAACACAAAUUAUUGUUAAUGCCUCUUAAAUCUAAAUGUAAUUAGUACAAUAGGAAAUUUUUGUAUAGCUUUUUAUAGAGCACUAAAAAAUUCAAGCAAA